AUUCUCCGCGCGCGAAGGUGUGUGCGGCUGCGCGGGCCUCUCGUCCCUCUUAAGAGCGUCUCGCUCGGCAUUUUACCAUGCCUCUCACGCGAGACCCUUUCCAGCAUUCCACGUUGGAUAACGAUGAUUCCUACUUGGGAAAAAUACGGGCUUCCAAGAAACUGCCGUAUAAGAACCCAACUCACCUCGCUCAGCAACAGGAACCCUGGUGUCGGCUCAGCUCAACUGCCACAAUCACCUCAAUGAGGCGGGAUGCUUGUUUUUUUGAUCCUGAGGACAGCUCCCCACUCCUUGGACCAAACCAGGACAGUUCUGAACGGUUAAGAAUUACGGAGUCACCAGCCUUAUACAACCACCACUCGGAGACAUUCAAGAACAAGAGCGAGAUACUUAUACACCAGGAGACCAUCCAGGAUACCCAUGGAAUCAAGAUCCAGUUCCCUGGAGAAUCUUUACCUCCUCCCCAGCCACCCCCCAUCACUUCCCAAGCUAACAUCAGACACUGGAUCAACCCUAAGAAGGAGUCUAUUCACAGCAUCCAGGGAUCCAUAGUGUCCCCCCACACUGCAGCUACCAACAGAGGCUAUUCCCGGAAGAAUGACGGUGGCUUUUUCUCCACCUAAGUGUUGACAGGCCCCAGACUAAUUAAUCCUGUGGGACAUCCUGCGCCCGCCUCCAUUAAAGAGGUUUGUGCAAGACGAA